UGCAAGUCCAUAGCUUCAACACAGAUGAUGAGGGUGGUAGACAAUGCCCUGAAUGAUUCAGUCAUGCAACUGCAUAAAAUGUUGGUGAGGCCACCUCUGGAGUACGUAUUAAGUGCUGUUCUGGUCACUGCACUAAAAGGCUUUGGAGGCUUUGGUGGAGACACAGAAGAGAUUCACUAGGGUGUUUGGGAGUAUUAAUUAUAAGUUGAUGGAUGUAUAUUAACUACGAGAAGGGGAUAGACAAAGUUAAUUUUCUCUGGAGCACGAUUGAUGACCUGUUAGAAUAUAUAAUGACAGACAUAGAUAAGCUAGAGAGGAUAUCUUCCCCUGGUGAGAAAUGGCAAAUAGUAGAAGGCAUAGUUUUAAGGUGAGAGGAGAAGGAUUAACGGAAAUUUACGAGGCAAGAUUCUUUACACAGAAAAUUGUCUGGAAUAUGCUGCCAAGGGAAGUGAUGGAAGCAGAUACAACAACAUUGCUUAUUAAGAGGUAUUUAGACAAGACACAUGAACAGGCAGGGAACAGACGUGGAUCAUGUUCAGGGAGAGUUUGGUUAGUUUAAAUUGAACUCAUGAGUUAGGUCUGAUGGUUAUAUUACAAUGUAGAACGAGUAUACUUGUGACGUUUGUCGUUAGCCUUAGUUCCAACGUCGUCGUUUCGAACUCAAUCACCGAAUACAAUCCGUGAGCUGAAUCUGGCCCGUGACGGCUUCCGUCUGCUCCACAGACGGUCGGCAGCUCCUGGCGUCUUGUUGCCUUGCAACGCCCGUCGGUGUGGCCUAAAUUCAUCCACGCCCGCAGGGAGCCAGCCACCUCCGGCGUUCACGUGGAUGCCUCUCAGGAGUACCUACCUGAAGAAUCAUCCAACACAAUCAUGAGUCGUAAACUCACCAAGGAAGAAAUAGAAGAACAGUUUGAACAAUUCUUGCGAGAGUCUGUUUCAGAUGAGUCUGUUGACCUGGCAAAUUCACCAAAAUCCAGUGUCCUGAGUUCACUGGGGCAGCAUCAUAGGAAGGGAACUGAAAAGGACACAAAACUAUGGUGGAUUAAUGAUGAUGAUUCUGAUGAAGGGCAACCCCCUCUGAGGAGGUUUAUCAAACUGAAAAGGCAGCCGGCUGUAAUUGAUGCUGGCAUUGAAACAGUGAAGAAAGGAAUUGGUGAAGAGCAUGAUGGAAAUGUACAGUCACAAAGCCCAGACAUGCUGCCAACCAGUCAGAGCUUUCUCAAAUCCCAGAGAUUCCCAGGGUCAAUUCCAGAGGCUGAAGAAGUGCAACAAGAGGAGAAGGUUUUGCCUCAGGGUGAUGGGAGGACAUCUGUAUCCAUCAGCAGAGACAGUUUGGAACUAAAUGACCCUGUUAUGGCAUCGAGCCCUGCAAUAAACACUCCUGGAGCUGGACUAGAUACACUUGAAGAAGAAGAGGAGAAAGAACGUUUUUUUGCUAACAUUGAGAAGGGAGCUACCUCUACAAUUGACUAUUCCAGACUAAACAAAGAGCUUGAAUCAACAGCUUCAACACCUAUAAGUGCUUUGAAUCUGAAAGAUGAGUUUGUAACAUUGGAGGAUGAUGAAACAAGGGAUGGUGAAUCUCCAAAACCUAAAAGCAUCACAGCUUCAAAGCACUACAGUGAUGAUUUUGAAGAGGAUUCUGCUAAGUUUGGUGGUGAAGAACUUGAAUCAGGUGGCAAUAUAAUGCAAACUGAAUAUGAUCUAGGAAGCACUCAAGAUACAAGAGAGGCUACAGAACAGGAAGCAAAGCCAGGCAUGCUAGCAAAAGUCAUACUGCUAGAUUCAUUAGAUUCAACACUGGAUACAGAGAAGUUAUUACGAUCUGGGGAUAACAAAUCUAUGGAAAAAAAUUCAGCAGAUGAAAGAAGUGGACAAGACAUAGCAUCUCAAAUGAAUGCCACUGCUAUUUCCUAUGGGCAAACUAACAGUGAUAUUGAGGCCUUGCAUCAAGAAUAUCGUAAAAUUGAUCAGUCUUUGGAAAGUACAGGUGUGGAACAUGAGUCAUUAAGUGGAAAACACAUUAACUUUGUUCUAGAUCUUCAGAACCAUGUUGAGGACUCAGCAAAGAAUAUUUCUACAGCUGAAUCUGAUUUGCCUACAAUAGAAGAACUAAUGAAACCUAUUAAAGCGGAAGUUCCAUUUUCAAGAGGAAUUGACUUGCAUUCAGUAAGUACAAAUACACAGCUGGAGGAUGAUGUUGAUAAAAUAUGCAGUAAACUGAUGCUGAAGGAUUCCAACAGUCGUGGUCUUUUUCAAUCACAGUUUAACUCUAAUAAUUUAUGUGAAAUACAUGAACCGUACAAAGAAUUAUCUGAGAGAUCAUUGAAGGAAAAUGCAAACCACUUGAGUAGAAUUUCUGAUGAUGAUGUGGAAGCCUUAAUUAAUGACAUUAAAUAUAAUACUACAAUCAAACACAGUCUUUUAGCUUCACCUUCGCAAGUUUUCUCUCACCAGGAUGAUCAGAUCCCUGCCAAGGCCAAAAGUCCUAAAUUAAGAAAUAAGAAGCACUUUGGUGGAAACUAUGCAUCUGUCAAAAGUUCAGGAUAUGGCAAAGUUAGUCCAAUAAAGAAAGAGCCCCUUGGUGCUGGUGAAAAACAAACCUCUUUGUCUCCAACAAAACAAACUGUGUCAGUUAGGAGCGUUAAAGCCAGAUCCCCAUCAGACCACACAAAAGGUAAACCAAAAGGACAUUUAUUCACAACACAGACAAUCAGAUCAGAAAAGCAAAAAUCUCCUGAAAAUAACCUUGAAAAUCCAACAUUUACAUCAGUGAAGCCAUCCUCUGCAGUACUUCAACGACAGUUAAUUACAAGAGAUGAAAAGGUAUCAAAAGAAAGUGGAUGGAGUUUGCUGGAGCCCAGUAAUGUAUGUAAAGAGCUUAUCCUGCUACAGAAACUGGAAGAAGCACAUGAGAAAUGGAACACAGAGCAUCAUAUGGUUGAGCAGCUGAAAGAAAAGCUGGAAUUGAAAGAAGAGGAACUUGCUGGCAAGAAUGAAGAACUGAAGAAACUUCCUCAACUAAAUGAGGAAAUUUAUGUGCUUCAAGCAAAGCUGUGCAGCUUGCAAACAAGCAGGAAAAAAAAAAUAAUUGGAGGCACAUUGGAUCCUGUGACUGAAGAAAAACUCAAGUUAAUUGAAAAGGAAGUUCAGGAACAAGAAACCAUUAUUCGAGGCUACCAUCAGGAAAAUGAAAGACUUUACACACAGGUGAAAGAGCUUCAGAUGGUUAAUAAAAGAAAUGAGGAGAAGAUGUUCACAGAAUCCCGUCACUUGAUGACUGAAAUACGACAAUUGAAGCUUCUGUACCUCCUGCCUGAUGGUAGCAGUGAGAAAAGAGCAUGCCCUGGGAGCUGGAGGUCCUUAAUAAUGGACACAGCCUUUCUGAGACACCGCUCGUUAAAGAUGUCCUGGGUACUUUGUAGAGAGCAGAUGAAGAAUACUAAUAUGAAGCAAGCAUCAAUCCAUGAUGUACAGUCAUCUGAGGAAAUUAAAAAUCAGAAUAUUGCUGACUUGCUUUCACAGUUGAAGGCAUCACAGAAAGAAGAGGUUAAGUACACAGAAGAGAUCAGGAAACUUAAGCAGGAGAAGCAAGCACUGGAGGUGGACUUGGAAAAAAUGAAGAAAGAAUGUAAUAUGGCUAAAGUACAACUUACUAAUACCUCGGGUGAUAAAGAUUUUGAAAUUAAAAUCAUGGAAGAACAAUAUAAGCAAGAAAUUCUUCGUCUCAACAAGAGGUUGCAGUGGUAUGCUGAAAACCAGGAGAUGCUGGAUAAGGAUGCAGCGCGGCUUAAAGCAGCAAAUGUAGAGAUUGAGAAGCUAAAGGAACAGGUAGAAAAACUUACAGCUGAUUCCAAAGUCAGGAACUCACCUCCUGAGAAACGUGCAAAGUGGAGAACACUUGAAGCCAAGCGAAUUCAGGACCUUGAGCGACAAGUGAAGGAAAUGGAAGAAAUCAUUCGAAGACGCUAUCCAAAUUCCUUGCCUGCUCUUAUUUAUGCAGCAGCUUCUAUACCUGAUGCAUCAUUAGAAAAUGAAGGCAAACUCCAUUCUAGAGUUUUUCUAGAAAAAAGAGUAAAAAAGUUGGAAGCUGAUCUUGAGAGAAAAGAUGAAGAAACAAAGAAGUGUUUACGAACAAUGGAACAACAGUUUCAAAAGAUAAAGAUUCAGUAUGAACAGAGAGUCUCAGAACUCGAACAACUUCUAAUGCAAAAGCUAAUACAUGAAGAGGAAAGAUUAGAUGAUCCUGAUCCAAAAAUGAAGAUACUUGAAGAGGAAAUUCUCAAGUUAAAAGAAGCUCACAAAUCCAAAGAAAAUCGUCUCAGAGGUGACAUUGAAAAGCUGAAAAAUCAGCUUUAUCAUGCGGAAUUGAAGCUGAUGGAAAGAGAAGAAAGCUCCCUUAGAAUGGUUGACCAACAUAUGCAGAAUACAUAUCAUCAAGCUAAGGUUGAAAAACUCAAUUUAGAACUAGCUGCUAAAAACCGAGAAAUACAAGAGCUUUCAAAGACAUUAGAGCACCUUCAGACAGAGAGAAGAGUGCUCCUUAGUAAUAAAAUGCCUGCAGACAAACUUGAUGCACGACAGAAGUCCACCAGGAAGUCCAAGAAGAGCAAAGAGUCCAUUGUAUCUUUCCCAGCAACUUUUGAUGAAAAAGCUUAUCAGCCAAAUGAUUUUUCUGGUUUUCAUAUAUCAGACGUUUUGAAAGAAAAUGGCAUAUUAAAGAACAACAUUGAAAGGUUAACACUGGAAAUAGAUCAGCAACGAGUAAAAUUAGCCCAGUUUGAAAGUGAAGCGAGGAGAGCACAAGAUGAUGUUUCUGAGCAUGUUGCAGCAUUAAAAGUAUCUCAUCAACAAGAAAUAGAACAGCUAUUGACUCAGCAUGCGUUGGAACACUCUUCCUCGAAAGUGGCUGAAUUGACAAAUAAAAUCACUGCUCAAGAGAUUAUGUUGAAGCACCUUCGAGAACAGAUUAAUGAGCUGCAGAAAGAUCGUGAGGCACUUUCUUUCUCUAAACUUCGUGAAGAAACACUGCAGGCUCAGAUGGCCAAGCUCUUAGACGAACUCAGGGAAGCAAAGGAGAAUCAUAGUCCAGAGAUGAGACACUUUGUGGCACUGGAAAGGAAAAUUCAGAAGAUGGAGCUCAAGUAUGCUCAGAGAGAGCAAGAAUUCCAGCAGUUAAUUCAGAAAGCUCGGCAUUCUGCUGAUGCAGAACAACUUCAAGAAGUGGAGAAGUGGAAGAAACUGGCACAGUUGAAAAACCAUGAACUGGAAAAUUUCAGAACAGAACUUGACUCUAUAUUGGAUGUUCUCCGUGAGCUGCAAAGACAGGGUGUUGUUAUUCCAGCUCCUGGUUCCAUGAGGCAAAAUAUUUCUGUGUUUACCAGGCAAUUGUAAUACUAAUACUAUAAGAAUGAUUCACUUUUAUUAUGUUAUAGAAUUUCUUACUGGAAUGUGAAUACUAGUAUGUAGCCUAUGAGGCUGUGCCAUCUUGAUGCUUGUUUGCAAAACCUUUGUACGUAUAUUUCCAAAGAUUGGAAACCGGAUGAAAUGUUUGACAGCUGAUUUGACUGCUUAGCCUCCUUCAGUUCGAGUUAAUAGGCUCUACCUAUUAAGAGAAUCUUACAAGAGUACAUCUAAUUUCCUUAUUAAACUCUGACAUUUAUCUGAAGUACUGUUGCCAUAGUCAUGCAUCUAUUUUGAACAGAUCAAUAUUUCUAUAAGAAUAUUGGGAGUUUUUUGACAGUUAUGAGUAAUUUGUUAGUAUCCUGUAGUCUGAUAUUGUAGGAAAUUAUAUAAUAUAUGGUGUACAACAACACUGAAUCAGAAGCAAUGGUGAUUCUCAAGGUAGUUUCCUAAUUUAUGACAAUUAAUAAUGAAGGAAGGAUUCAAAUAAUAUUAAAAACAGGCAUUGACCAAUAAAAAUGAGCCAAAUAUACUACAUUAGUAGAGAUCAGAUUUGUUAAAUAUCCAUUUGUCUAUUUACACCUGUACAUAUAAUUUUAUUUAGUGCAUUCUUUAAAUAUAAACUCUUUGGUAGCAUACCUUUCAAAAUCAGCUUGAAUGUAAAUUUUCUUUUGGUAUUCUACCAAAUAUUAGAGAUAAAUUUAAGUAUAUUUUGGCAUUGUCAAAAUAAAUUAUACUAAUUUUGACAUCAAACUACUCUGUUUCAGUCUCUAAUGUUCAAUAUUAUCUUUGUGUUGCCUUUUAUAUAGAGUAGUAUUGGUGUUUGUGCAUGUUCUUGUGGUACCUCUCAAACUAGGCCUCAGAUAAAUCUGGCUUUAAAUCUAUCCCAGGAAGGUUUGGAGAGGGCGCAGAAUAGAUUCACCUGGGGUUUUGCUUGGAUCAAAUAUUAGUUGUAAGGAGAAAUUGGACAAGCUUGGAUUGAUUUCUCCAGAGUGUCAGAGGCUGAGGGAUGACCUGAUAGAGGUAUAUAGAAUUAUGGAGAGCCACAGAUAGGGCAGAUGACAAGUCUUUCUCUCAGGAUGGAAAUGUCAAAUACUGGAAAUAACAGGUUUGCUUAUUUUGCACAGUGCCUAGAACAUGCUGCCAAGGGAAGUCUACCCAGGGAAGCAGUCGAGGCUUCUUCACUAAAUAUAUCUAAGAAACAGUUCCUUUACGUAGUAGGGGAAUUAAAGGUUAUGGGGAAAAGGCAGGUAGAUGGAGCUGAGUUUACGGACAGAUCAGCCACGAUCUUAUUGAACGGCGGGGCAGGCUCGAUGGGCCAGAUGGCCUACUCCUGCUCCUAUUUCUUAUGUUCUUAGGUGCAGGAAACAGAUUCUAUAUAGCAAUGUUUAAGAGACAUUUGCAUAGACACAUGAAUGGGUAGGGGAUUGUGGGCCUGCUCAAGUGCAAGCAGAUUGAACUGACAACAUGGUCAACACAUACAGUGGACUGAAGUUCUGUUGUGCUGUACUGUUCUACACUAUAUUCUACUGCAUUCUCAAGAGGGCCUCCCUUGAAACCAGACAUAGAUCAGGUGACCAUGUUGUGGGG